GACAAGGAGAGUUUUUCCGGGUGCCAUGUUGCAGGUUCCCUGUAGCUGGACAGGCUGGAGUGGUUGGUUCGGUGUGAUAUACUCUGAGCCCUACUGCUGGGUGCUGAGAGGCGCGCUCAGGCGAGCUCCGAAGUUGCGACAUGAAUGCAGUGACCUAUGAUGAUGUGCAUGUAAAUUUCACUUGGGAAGAGUGGGCUUUGCUGAAUCCUUCCCAGAAGAGUCUCUACAAAGAGGUGAUGCUGGAGACCUGUGAGAACCUCACUGUUAUAGGCUACAGUUGGGAAGACCAUUAUAUUGAAGAUCAAUUUCAAAGUUCUAGAAGAGAUGGAAGGCAUAAAGGAGGUCAUACUGGAGAGAAACCCUAUGAAUGUAGUCAUUGUGGUACAGCCUUUGCAAGGCAUGGUCAUCUUCAAAGGCAUAAAGGAACACAUACUGGAGAGAAACUUUAUGAAUGUAAUCGAUGUGGUAAAGCCUUUGCAUGGAACUGUCAUCUCCGAAUACAUAAAAGAACACAUAUUGGAGAGAAACCUUAUGAGUGUGAUCAAUGUGGUACAGCCUUUGCAAGUCACUGUCGUCUUCAAAGGCAUAAAAGAACACAUACUGGAGAGAAACCUUAUGAAUGUAAUCAGUGUGGUAAAGCCUUUUCACAACACAGUACUCUACAAGUUCAUAAAAGAAUACAUACUGGAGAGAAACCCUAUGAAUGUAACCAAUGUGGUAAAGCCUAUACACGUCACAGUCAUCUCCAAAGACAUAAAAGAACACAUACUGGAGAGAAACCUUAUGCAUGUAAUCAAUGUGGUAAAGCCUUUGCUUAUCAAAAUAGUCUCCAGUAUCAUAAAAGAACACAUACUGGAGAGAAAUCUUAUGAAUGUAAGCAAUGUGGUAAGGUCUUUGCAUGCCGUAAUCACCUUCAAAUACAUAAAAGAACACAUGCUGGACAGAAACGCUAUGAAUGUAACCAAUGUGGUAAAGCCUUUGCUUUUCACAGUCAUUUCCAAAGACAUAAAAGACAUAUUGGAGAGAAACCUUAUGAAUGUAAUCAUUGUGAUAAAGCUUUUGCAAGUCACAAUAAUCUUCAAAAACAUAUAAGAAUACAUACUGGAGAAAAACCUUAUAAAUGUAAUUUGUGUGAUAAAGCCUAUGCAUAUCACAGUCAUCUCCAAACACAUAAAAGAACACAUACUGGAGAGGAACCCUACAAAUGUAGUCAAUGUGAUAAAGCCUUUUCACAACAAAGUUCUCUACAAGUUCAUGAAAGAAUACAUACUGGAGAGAAACCCUAUGAAUGUAACCAAUGUGGUAAAGCCUUUACAUGUCACAGAUAUCUCCAAAGACAUAAAAGAACACAUACUGGAGAAAAACUCUAUGAAUGUAACCAAUUUGGUAAAAUAUUUGCACAACAUAGUACUCUCCACAGCAUAAAAAAGCACAUAUUUGAGAGAAACUCUAUGAAUAUAAUGUGUGGCAAAACCUUUGCAGGUCAGAGUCAUUUUCAAAGGCAUGAAAGAAUUCAUACUGGAGAGAAACCCCAUGAAUGUAUUUAAUAUGGUGAAGCCUUUGCAUAUUUCUAUAGUCUUCAUCAUCAUGAAAGUAUUCCUACUGGAGAGAAAUUCUACAAAUGUAAGCAGUGUGGUAAAGCCUUUGUGUUAUGGGUCUACUUAGAUCCAACACAAGUCAAACACCAGAUCAAUGCGAAUGACAAAAAUUAAUUGUGAUAAUGCUGCUGUUGAUUAAUCAGGGCCUUAGAAUAUAUUCUGGAGGUGAAAUGCAACCCAUGUUACAAAGCUUUUAAGCUUGAAAAACAUAAACAUCUGUGCCAAGUUACAGCUACAUUUUUCUACCAAUCAGCAUUUAGGGAUAGUAGCUUUUCUUAUGUGAUUGAUCUAUGUCAAUGGAUACAGAAUGCAUGUUUUAUACUCUAAUCAAUCAUAUCCAUUUGUUCUUUUGUAAUUAGGAAGUCAUUAUAUUUGGGGGAACAAAAGAUGUUAACAGAUGCUGUAGUUAGGUACAGUCAUGUUUUAGGGAAUAGAAGCCAUGUUUAGCUUGCUGUGCUAUAGAUAUGUAUAUAUUAUUUGAUUUUCAUUCCUUCUUUAUGUUCAUAUUAGUUACUAUUUGACAAUUCCUCUUUAAGUACUGCCUUCUAAGGUAAUUAUCUCAAGAUGGUAAUGUAACAGCAAUGAUAAUGUAACAACAAAGAUUUCUUAAUUUUUUUCUGUUGUGUGUAUGCAAUGUGAUUAUUGGUUUUUAGGCCAUGAUGGAUAGAUGGAGACCAUCUACUUUCUACUUUGACCAUCUUUAUAUGGUGAUAAAGGUCAGGUUGCCAGCUUUGCAUACUGCAGAAAUUUUCCACUGAGCCAUCUCACUGUGGUUCAAAUAAGAUUAAUUGAAACAUCCCAUCAGUAAAAUAUUGUCUUCUUUUCAAAUUGUAAACAUUGUCAUCUAAGAUUGAAGAAAACAGGAUGAUUUUUAUAAUAAGUCCUAUUUGCAAAUGAAAACGAUAUUACUACUA